UGUGACUGUGAGCAGCUCCUCAGCUCUCCUAGCCCCACCCCUUCACACAUCUUCCUCCAAUCAGCAAGCAUGUCCCAUGAGGCUGAGUGGCUGACUGCUGCCAGUCACCAGGUCAUCAGUCAAGCUCACUGGUUGGACAACUCCAGCUGUCAGUCACUGAGCUCUGCCUACCUUCUUCCUGUUGAUUCAGCUCUGACCCCAACCCCCACCUGCCUUUCUUCUGCAACACUUGGCUGGAACAGUUACUAUGGCAUCCUUAACCCCUCCACCUCCGCCUCCCCUAGUGAUUGGGCGCUCCCUGGCAGUAUGUCAUGGGGGCAGGGCAGCGUACCUGACCAGCGGGAGUGUGUGAGCUGCGGGACGAGCAGCGCCUCCCUGUGGAGGAGAGACGCUGCAGGAGGUCACCUGUGUAACACCUGCUGCCUCCAACAGAACACCAACAACCGACCCCUGCUGAGACCAAAGAGGAGAGCGAUUGUGACUCAGAGAAAAGGAACUCAGUGUGUGAACUGUUCAACUGGAACUACCACACUGUGGAGGAGGAACAGCGCUGGAGAGCCAGUCUGCAACGCCUGUGGCCUGUACUUCAAACUGCACCAGGUCAACAGGCCGUUGGCGAUGAAGAAAGAUGGAAUCCAAACCAGAAACCGCAAAGUGACCAAUGAGGACAAAAGGAGCAGGAAAUCUGACCAAUCGGUUACUAAGCUGGCCAGGCUUGUCCCGCCCACUGAGGAGGCCAUGUUUGACUCCUUCAGUCAGCUGCCAUGUGACCUCUGCUCCUCCUCCUCCUCUCUGCUGAAUAUGAACAUUUAAAACAUUUAAAAUUUUGU